AUGCUCCAGUCGGUUGCCAGUAGUUCAUGCGCGCGGCUCAUCCAGAGCCACAAAUCGACGUGGUAUUUUUUGUUUCUGGUGCUGGGCUACAUCCUUUAUCUCAUCUUCGGGGCUAUGGUCUUUUCGUCUGUAGAGAUGCCUUACGAAAAAGCCUUACGCCAGGAACUCACGACCAUGAAAAGGCAGUUCCUGCAGGACAAUGAGUGCAUCACCGAGGAGAGUCUGGAACGCUUUCUCAAGGAAGCCCUGGAAGCCAGUAAUUACGGCGUCUCCAUCCUUAACAGCACCGCUACCAAUUGGAACUGGGACUUUACCUCUUCACUCUUCUUUGCCAGCACCGUGCUGUCCACCACAGGUUAUGGUCACACAGCACCAUUGUCAGAGGGUGGCAAGGCCUUUUGCAUCAUCUACUCUGUGUUCGGCAUCCCGUUCACCCUUCUUUUCCUCACCGCCGUGGUACAAAGGAUCAUGGUUUACAGCACAAGGAGGCCCAUCUCAUACAUCCACAUGCACUGGGGCAUUUCUAAACCUCUGGUGGCCAUCAUCCACUCUUGUCUACUCGCUUUGCUGGCCGUUUCUUGCUUCUUCCUCAUUCCAGCGGCCAUCUUCUCAGCACUGGAGGAUAACUGGAACUUUUUGGAGUCUUUCUACUUCUGUUUCAUCUCUCUCAGCACUAUUGGAUUGGGAGAUUAUGUGCCAGGAGAGGCAGCUAACCAGAAGUUCAGGGAGCUCUACAAACUGGGAAUCACUUUCUACUUGAUCCUGGGCCUGAUCGUCAUGCUGGUUGUCCUGGAGACAUUCUGUGAGCUGCAGCAGCUGAAACAGCUCAGAAAGAUGUUCUACCUGAAAAAGGAGAAGACGCACGACCGCCUGACCAUCCUUGAACACGACCAGCUGGCAUUCACCUCCAUGCCAGACAGGAUGCACGGUGACGACAAGACCCACAUGUUCGUUAGUGUCUCUAGUCUGCCGUCUCGCAGCGACGAGCUUUGUAUUCAGUAA